AUGGUGUGCAAGCUUCGGAAGAGUUUCUAUGGUCUAAAACAAGCGAGCAGGCAAUGGAACACUAAGCUAUGCUCUACCCUCCUUACUUUGGGUUAUAUCCAAUCCAAAGCAGAUCACUCUUUUUUCACCAAGCUCUUUGAUGGCAAAUUCACGGCAAUUCUAGUCUAUGUGGACGAUCUUGUCCUCUCUGGGAAUGAUCUCGAUGAAAUUACACAGGUCAAACAGGUUCUGGAUAAUCAAUUCAGCAUCAAGGAUUUGGAAAAUUUGAAAUUUUUCUUGGGCAUGAAAGUUGCUCGCGGUGCCACUGGAAUUUCCCUUUACCAGCGCAAAUACACCUUAGAUCUUCUCAAAGAAUUCGGCCUUAUGGAUGCUAAGCCUUCUUCCACUCCUAUUGAUUAUUCCAAUCCUCUCUCAAAGACAACAGGGUCUCCUCUUCCUGAUCUCACUCCAUAUAGACGACUCAUAGGGCGUCUGACUGGCUUACAUAUUCUUCGUUACUUAAAGGGGUUCCUUGCUCAUGGUAUUCUUUUCCACAGCCAUAAUGGUUUGAAGCUCACUGGUUAUUCAGAUUCAGAUUGGGGAACUUGCCCUGAUACUCGCCGAUCUGUCUCUGGAUAUUGUUUUUUCUUGGGAUCUUCUCUUAUCUGCUGGCGCAGCAAGGAGCAGAGUGUAGUUGCUCGUUCUUCAGUUGAGGCUGAAUAUCGUGCCCUUGCCCUUGCAACCUGUGAAGGUGUUUGGCUCCGGUUCAUUCUCUCUGAUUUUCAUCUUCUGCCACCUGGACCUUUCACCUUAUUUUGUGAUAAUCAGUCUGCCCUCCAUAUAGCUGCAAAUCCUGUGUUCCAAGAAUGCAGGAAACACAUUGAAAUUGAUUGUUAUACUGUCCGUGAUAAACUGCAAGAUGGCUCUCUCAAGCUACUUCCUGUUUUGUCCUCUCAACAGGUCGCUGAUGUACUCACCAAGGCGUUACCCCCUAUUGCAUUCAGUUCUUUUCAUUCCAAGUUUGGCAUGGUGGAUUUCCACAUUCCAAACUUGCGAGGGGAUGUUAUUUCCUCUUAA